AUGCCUGUCACUGAAAUUAAAAGUCAAGAAGACUUCGAGAGACUCAUUAAGAAGUACAAAGUCGUCAUCAUUAAUGCGUAUACUUCAUGGGCCAGUCUCAGCAAGACCACGAACCCUAUCUACGACAGACUCUCCAACCAAAUUCCUUACAACCCGGAAUUAUUCGUCCUCGCCAGACUAGACAUUGGCGAUGCACCUGAUCUUGCCGAAAAACUUGAUGUUCAAGGUGUCCCGUUUUUUAUGGCUUACGAGAAUGGAAUUAGGAAGGACAGUGUUAUGAUGCCCAGUCAGAGUACGCUCCAGAAGUUUCUCAUCUCCUGGUCUGAUAAAGCUCAUGAUCUGGGGAAAUGA